CUUGAAAGUCUCCGAACUUUAAACCUUUUAUGUCAAAGUUCCCUUUUUCAACAACAUUGAACUUCCUUUUCAUAUUCCAUUGCUCAUGGUCUUCUCUUCGUAGAAUUAUUCCUUUGAAAUAGAGAAUUUCAAGCCGCACACGAUACUUUGAAUAUUAAAUUUCACAUGCUAGUUUCCUGAAUCUAUUGACCGUUGGUCUCUGGGUCUGACGGCCUCAUCGGCCGCGACCAUGGCCUCAGCAGAGCAAACACCUGUUCCAACGCCCGGCACUGCUGCUUUUACGCCGCGAAAAUUCAAGGCUUCAGACCUUCCACUAACUUCUGCUACGCGAUCUGCGAUUGAAGGACUAGCGCAUAGCUUCAAGAAGAAGGGUGGAUAUGACGCGAUCCGUAAGCAAGUCUGGGAAAAGUUCGAGCAGAGUGAUUACGAAGCUCAAGUCACCAAGUCGAUUCUCGAAGUUGCCGAACAGGAACUGGAGCGUAAUCCUGCUCAACUUUUGACUUUAGACCGCCGAAAGGCAGCCGCCCUUAUCGACGGCGCUCUAGAUCGAUCCGGCGUUUAUCAAAAGGCCAAUGAAGUUCUCGAUCAACUCAUCGAUGUAAAGGGUAUCGAGGCGCGCAUGCGUGAACUGCGUCAAGCUGAGAUCGGUGUCGAGGCUGCCAAGGAGGAGCAAAUUCGCGGCUCCAAGACAGAUGCGGAAUAUGCUAUCGAGUCAGCCCAUAGCCUAGAAGAGCGUGAGCGGAUCCGACGGGAACUGAGAGUGAAGGAGGAGCAAAUAUUGGAAGAAAAGCGCAAGAUUGAACAUGAGGAGAGAAAGAAACGGGAGCGCGAGAGAGAGCGCGAAUUGGAGAAGGCAGAAACUAAACGCAAAGAGGAACGAGACGCUCGAAGGCGCGAACGUGAGAAGAAGGAAGCAGAGCGCGAACUCGAACGCGAGAAGGAAAGAGAGGAACGUCGCCGUGCCAGGGAGCGAGAUCGUGAGAAGGACCAUGACCGAGAUACUCGGCGCAGGUCUAGAGAUCGGUCGCGUCAUCGUGAGCGAGACCGGGGCCAUGAUCGUGAUAGAGACCGCAGCCGCAGCCGCCGCCGCGACAGUAGAGAACGCCGACAUCGUGAACGAUCACCUAGGGAAGAGAGAGGUCGUGGUAAGCCUGAAGAGGUUAAAAAACAGCUCACUAAGGAGGAUCAUGAGAGACUUGAACGCGAAGCUCUUGAGGACUUACUACGGGAGAGCAAGAGGAGUGCUGCCAAACAACCCGAACUUGAGAUUGACGAGGCUCUUGCCCCCCCGCCUCGACGAAUCAAGCCUGCUUCUGCUAUACAGCCAAUACGUCGCGAAUCUGUCAAGAACUCGGAUUCUAAGAAAACACCCGAGCUUGCUAAAGCCGAUACCAAGGACUCCACGAAAGAUGCCGAGGAUGCAAAGGAGACGAAAGAGGUGAAGACAGCCGCAAAGGAGCCCAGCCAGGCUAAGGAUUCUAAAGAAUCCAAAGAACAUGUCGAAUCUAGAAGGGCCAAGGAAAGCAAGGAUGCUAAGGAUGCUAAGGAUUCUAAAGCCAAGGAUGAACGAGGAGGAGAAGCUGGUACAGCUCCUUCCCAUCAUCACCGCGACCGAUCGCGUGGUACAGAAGAUGGCCGCAAGAAUCGGGACCGCGACCGCGAGCAUGCUCGGGACAGCAGUCGCUCUCACGCCAAAUCCGACCGAAAGGAUCGAAGCAAAUCACGACAUAGAUCAACUCGCCGAGAUCGAAGUCGCUCUAGAGAUCGUGACCGGGUUCCUGAUAGAGACAGGGACUUUUACCGGCCUGGUCAACGAGAUAGGAGCCGUUCUCGCGUACGAUCCCAUCGAGAGAGGCAGGACAGAAGUCGUUCGCAUGACAGGUAUAAGCCUGGCCACAGAGAAAGGAGCCGCUCUAGGCGUAGAGAAGAUCGCGAUAAACGUGCACGAAGUCGCUCGCCAGUCCGCCCGGAACGACGAGAGGAUCGCCGGGAUAGGUCUCGCUCAACUAGGCCUCGAACCGAAAGAAUUCGAUCGCGUCCAGCCCGAAGUCGAUCCCGAUCCCGACCAGCCACUUCUAGUAAGCCUGAACUAACAGAUGCCGAAGCUUGGAAGCAAGGCGAAAUAAAGAAGCGCGAACAAGAAGCGAAGGCAUAUUUAGCCGCGCAACGUGAGGCUCGUGAAAAGGGUCUACCCGUUCCUGGUGUCGAUGACAAACGUAGCACAGGAGAUCGCUCACCUGAGAUCAAGAGAUCGCGUGUUCCCGACGAGAUUGAUCGGUACAGGCCUGUUGAUCGCGAUACUCGAGCAGCCGACAAGUACCGAGAACGGGACCGAGAAAAGGAUAGAGACGACCAUCGGGAUAGGGAUGGUGAUCGAGAGAAAGAUGAUCGACGGGAUCGUCGGCGGAGCCGCACUAGGAGCCGUAGCCGUCGUCGUGACAGGGAUAGGGAUAGAAGCCGUGAUCGUGAACGCCACAGAUCUCGUGAUCGAUACCGCGGAGAAGGAGCCAGAGAUAGGGAUCGUGAUCGCGAACGUGACCGAGAUCGUGACCGGUAUCGCGAAAGGGACCGCGAUCGCGAUAACGAUCGUGAUAAGGAUCACGAUCGCGAACGCCGAAGUCGUCGUGAAAGAAGUACAGAGUCCCGAAGAGACCGGGAUAAGAGAGAUCGAAGAGACCGAAGUCGUAGUCGCAGACGAAGUCGAAGUCCCCGUUAGUCACAGGGAAAGCCAUCGCCCUUCCCUUAUACAGCUUCAAUGUUGAACCUUUUUCCCUACCAUGGACCUGCCAGGUGAACCUUGGCAUUUAGAUAAAUGGGUCGGGAUUAUAGUGUUGAUGCAGGUUCAGGGAGGGGGGUAUUCACAGUCGCGGUGUAGAGGCGCAACGAAUAAUUUGCGUGACUCGGAAAUACUGAAUGAUAUACCCUACAAUUCAUUAGGCGUUGUUGUCUUACAGAAAAUUUAUUCCGGGCAGCGAUGUAAUCUCCGGGUCAUUGAACAACACGUUGUCCACUAUCGACAUGCCUAAUUGACGCCAACAACAUAUUCUUUUUCGUGGGGGACGAAGAGUACUGCUGACUGGAAUGAGUCUAUGAACUUUAGGGCUUGUAAAUGGUACACGAGUUGCUACAGUUCAAGCAUGACAUAAAUCAAGCAUUUCUUCAGACGAAACAAAACUGCUUCACAUCUAUCCCAACUACAAUGGAUUCGCCAUGGCUAACGCGCUGGAAUAUGCGGUCGCAGACGAUAGAGAAUAAAAUGCCCGGCUUUUGCUUAAAGCAUGACCACAGUCUACAUCCCACCUUGUGUGGCUUUGUCGCGGAUGAAUGUA